AUGAAAAGUAGGGACUUACAACAAGUAGUACUUUCUAAGUACAAAAAUGGUGAUACACCACCUAUGAUAUUUCGUCAUUUAAAUAGUGCCAUUGGUCUUAGAACGAUUGGAAGAUGGUGUACAAUGAUUAGGGAGACGGGUUCAAUUGAUUUAUCAAGUCCAAGUGGUCGUCCACGCGUUAUUCGUUCCAAACAUAUGAUUCAAAAGGUCAAAAACCGGUUAAAAUCCAAAAAACGUGUAUCAUCCCGAUUAUUAGCAAAAGAAUUGGAUAUUUCAGAACGAUCAGUUAGAAGAAUAUUAAAGGAUAAUUUAGGGCUUAAACCAUACAAGAAACGAAUUGAACCAUUACUUACUAAAGUUCAUAAGAAAAAACGAAUGGCGUUUGCUAAUUGGGUACGCAACAACUUUCAAAAAGAACAAACAUUACAAAUUCUUUUUUCUGACGAGAAAAUGUUUGAUUUGGAUGGAAUGUAUAAUGCUCAAAAUGAUAGAAUAUGGGCAUCUGAUCGUAGUAAAGCCGAUGUUAAAGGUGGUGUUAAACAAAAACAAAAAUUUCCACAGAAGGUAAUGGUGUGGUUAGGUGUAUGCUCCAAAGGUGUAACACCUUUAGUUAUUUUUGAUGAAGGGACUUUGGAUCAUCAACGUUAUAUUAAGGAAGUCUUACCGGUGGCUAAAAACUAUGGAAACAGAGUAUUUGGUAACAACUGGACAUACCAACAAGACGGUGCAAAGCCACACGUUCAUCAUUUAUCCCAGCAAUGGUGCAAGGACAAUUUUCCAAAUUUUAUUGAUCAAAAACAUUGGCCACCAAAUAGUCCUGACCUCAAUCCUUUGGAUUAUUGCAUAUGGAAUGAAUUUGUUCAGCAAAUGAAUUGGGAUGAUAUUCAAUCAAAACAAACAUUAAUUGAUGAAUUAAAACGUGGUGUUAAAAAAAUUAGAUCAGAUGUUGUGUUAGAAAGUUGUUGUAGUUGGACUAAUCGUUUGUACCAUUUGUCAAAAAAAGGUGGUGAUUAUUUAGGUUAA